UCCGAUAUUACUCUUCAGUGUACCUUCGUCCAUCGCCCGUCUGACACGUACUGUGGUUCAAUAAUAGACCCCCUGGAGAUCCGAUCUAGUGAUUUAUCAAACAUGUUGUGGAAAGCAGCCUUUGUUAUUGCGUUAGCAGUCGGUGUACAAGGUUCUAUAAUUAAAAGAGAUCUUAAGGCGGUAAAGAUCGAAAUUGAUUCUGAAGAAGGCAAUGAUACCAUCAGUUGCUACACUGAUGAAUGUGUGACGGCGGAGUACAAGCUGUCGGAUGAACAGAAGAACAAAUUCCACGACAUGGUGCUCGCCCAGUGCCAGAAGAACAAAGCCGAUGGAUCUGCACCGCAAGUAGAGGCGGCAGGCAAUGACUUCCUCAAGUGCUUCGGGGACAUCAUCGACCCCAAGACCCUACGCGACGAGAUCGAGGCCGCCAAGCCCAACGGAGCCCUCGACGAGGUCUUCAAGAAGUACUGCGCCAAAUCGGCCCAGCUCAAGACCUGCGUGCACACUCUGACCGGCACAAUAUCCCCGUGCCUGGACGCCGGCGCGCGGCAGCACCUGCCGCUCUUGGACAACGGCACCGACCAGCUCCUCGACUUCGUGUGCUACAAGGACGGCGACCGGAUCGCAUUGUUCAUCGCGGAGCAGGGCCCCGAGUGCAUCCAGGCGAAGAUGCCGGCGAUCAGGGCGUGCGUGGAGCCGCUGCUCGGCAACGAGGCGCAGGCGGCGCAGCUCGAGACACUCACGCUCAAUGAGCAAUGCGCGAAAGCGGACGCGUUAUUCGCGUGCGUGGUGAAGGCGCUGGAGCAGUGCGACACGCCGACGCCCGCCAACAUGGCCGAGGCGCUCUUCCGCUUCGUGCGCAAGGGGUCGCCUUGCAAGAGCGUCGUCAAAAACUAAGGUGUGGAUUGAAGUCUUCAAAGCAAAACAGAUCUUCUCCCUUCGUACAUACUACAUACAGUGCCAUUUUCAAUGCCCAUGACUUUUAUACUAUCUAAGUAGUGUUAAUACUCUCGAUUGAUUAUAAAAAGCUUUAAUUUAAUUUAUUCGUUUGAAAUUUGGAAGACAAUGCCAAUUUAGCAGUUACCAAAAUAAGAUGUUUUCGUGGAAAAAAAUUACCAUAUAACCUACCUAUACCUAUAGUAGCUAAUGUUUACGGACUGAAAUAAAACAGAUUAAAUUACCA